AUGACAAAUUCGACUACUAUGUCGGUCAACAACGAGAUAUCAACAGUGGAGCCAGUAAAUCCGGUGAAAAGCCUCGUAUGUAGUCCGGAUUUGAGCGUGUUCACACCAGCGUGCAGUGGCGAGACUCUAUCGGCAAACGUCGAGGAGAAGACGUACCAGUGUUUACUGUGUCAAAAGGUUUUUGAUCAGAAGAGUUUGUAUCAGAGCCAUCUCCGUUCGCACGGUAAAGAAGGCGAAGAUCCUUACCGAUGCAAUAUUUGCGGGAAAACUUUUGCGGUACCUGCGCGAUUGACUAGACAUUAUCGUACGCACACUGGUGAAAAACCGUACCAAUGCGAAUAUUGUAGUAAAUCGUUUUCCGUAAAAGAGAAUUUAAGCGUGCAUCGUCGUAUACAUACGAAAGAACGGCCUUAUAAGUGUGAUGUGUGCGAACGUGCAUUUGAACAUAGUGGUAAGCUGCAUCGACAUAUGCGAAUUCACACCGGAGAACGGCCACACAAGUGUACAGUCUGCUCGAAAACGUUCAUUCAAAGCGGACAGUUGGUAAUACACAUGCGCACGCAUACCGGGGAAAAACCAUACGUUUGCAAGUCCUGUGGCAAGGGAUUUACAUGCUCUAAGCAACUGAAGGUACAUACCCGCACGCACACCGGGGAGAAACCUUACACUUGCGACAUCUGUGGUAAAUCCUUCGGUUACAACCAUGUCCUCAAAUUGCAUCAGGUUGCCCACUAUGGUGAAAAAGUUUAUAAGUGCACACUAUGUCAUGAGACGUUUGGUUCAAAGAAGACCAUGGAGUUACACAUUAAAACUCAUUCAGACUCAUCGGUCACUGGUUCUCCUCGGGACUCACCAAUCGAGCCAGAGAUUGAGAUCUCGCAGGCAAAUAGUGUUGGCACUGCUAGUGACAAGGAGAACCGCAAGACUGAAGAGCCAAUUGAUGAUGCUGCUGCUUAUGACGACACUCCACGAGAUUUUCCUUAUUACAUGUAUUCCAGAGAGCAGUAUUCACAACCGCUUCUGAUGCCUAGUGAAGACAGAGCUUUUCAAACGACGUCUGUAGUCCCUGUUGAACAAUCUCACUUGUUUCUGUAUCCUGAGGUUUCUCCAACAUACACUGGUCUUGGAAUUCAAAACAACGAAUUUGUUAGUGACUGCUCGUCUCUUCUCAAUUUACCAGGGAACGACGCUCGUAGAAGAGUAGAGGCUGCACUAGAAGCAGUCGAAGAAGAAAGACAGAGGGAGUAUGGCAUCAGGAUUGAAAGAGAACCGAUUUUAACUCCUCCAAGCAGCAAUCCCGUAAGUCCUGUUCCUUCGCCGGAUCCUCUCGAUUUGGCAAUUCCAGUACGAGAAACGUUAAUUCUCCCUCCAAGAAAACGGUGUAAAAUGAUCCUGGAGUCGAUGGAAAGUGAGAGAAAUGGUCUCAUCGCCUCUCAAAGACAGAACUCUGUUAUCCAAUUUGCAAAAG